CACUGGCACCCCGUUCGGAGUGUCAGGGAGUAUCAGAGAUCAGAGAUCUUCGAGCUCUACCAGACAGAAGGCACCAGAAACGUCUGGUCCUCAGGGGGUGCCUCCUUGUUGAUCCAUCCGUUGCCCGCUGGAGGAAGAGGAGCAGCUCUCACCCUGGGGCCCUCCGGCCUCGUAAGAACCACAAGUCUUCGAAGUCCCUUGCCGCGGGCGGUUCUUCCUGCCGCCUAACCUCAGGCGCCAGUUUCUUACCUGCUCAGAGGACCAGGUGGGGUUUGCCCAGAGACUGGGGACUGGCGGCGGAGGACAGUGGUGGGAAGGAACCGCGGGGAGCCCGAGGGGCGGGACGCCGGGACAGAUUGGGCGGCUCGGACUGGGGCGCCGCCUCUACGCUCCGCGCACACCCGGAAGCAGCGCGAAUCCAGUGGAGCCGGGCGGGCGUGGGAAUCCAGGACGGGCCGAGGCGGCCAGGAGGCAAGAUGGCGGCUGGGCCAAAUGGGCUCGAGGAGUGGGUGGGCAGUGCCUACCUAUUUGUGGAGUCCUCGCUGGACAAGGUGGUCUUGUCAGAUGCCUACGCUCACCCGCAGCAGAAAGUGGCAGUGUACAGGGCUCUGCGGACCGCCCUGGCAGAGAGUGGCGGGAGCCCCGACGUGCUGCAGAUGCUCAAGAUCCACCGCAGCGAUCCGCAGCUGAUCGUGCAGUUGCGUUUCAGCGGGCGCCAGGCCUGCGGCCGCUUCCUCCGAACCUACCGCGAGGGGGCGCUGCGCGCCGCGCUGCAAGGGUGCUUGGCGGCGGAGCUGACCCUGCACUCCAUGCCGCUGCAACUGGAGCUGCGCGCCGGCGCGGAGCAGCUAGAUGCCUUGCUGACUGACGAGGAGCGCUGUUUGAAUUGCAUCUUCGCCCAGAAGCCCGACCGGCUCCGGGAUGAGGAACUAACAGAGUUGGAGGAUGCGCUCAGGAAUCUGUCGUGCGGCUCGGGGGGCCAAGGGGGCGACGUGGAGGGCGCUCCGGCCCCCUCGCAGUCUCUGGCACCCUCUCCGUCGGAGGAGAAUCCGCCGCCGCCGCCGCCGCCGUCUGGCCAGACUUUUCUGUUCCACGGUCAGCCCGUAGUGAACCGGCCGCUGAGCCUGCAGGACCAACAGACGUUCGCGCGCUCAGUGGGCCUCAAGUGGCGCAAGGUGGGGCGCUCCUUGCAGCGCGGCUGUCGUGCAUUGCGGGACCCGGCGCUUGACUCACUGGCCUAUGAAUACGAGCGUGAAGGGCUGUAUGAGCAGGCCUUCCAGCUGCUGCGGCGCUUCGUGCAGGCAGAGGGCCGCCGCGCCACGCUGCAGCGCCUGGUGGAGGCGCUCGAGGAGAACGAGCUCACCAGCCUGGCAGAGGACUUGCUGGGCCUCGCGAAUCCCCAUGGCGGCCUGGCCUAGCCUGGGUACCAGAGAAAGGGGCAGUCGGCCAGUUGCCCAGCCAGGGUUUGGAGCGCCUGGGUGACUGUAGGGUCCCUUCUGCUGCUACUGCUGACCUCCUGUCCACCCAAGGGACUCUGAAGCCACACACUUACAACCAGAGAUGACUGCCCUCUCCAGGAGUCAGACAAGCACCCACAAUGUCUGCUGGGGUGCCACUGGGGGUUCUGUUCUAGAUACUAGGAUAGAGACAGAGCGUAUGGGUGAUCUGCUGCAAGAGGUCGGCCUCACCUUUUCCCACCGCAGAAGGAGGGCUUUCAGCCAGACCUUACCUCUUCAUUCAUAGAACAAUUCAUUACUAUUCAUUAAUUCAGUAUAAUUCAUUAAGGACCUGCUGUAUCCUAGGCAUCAUCCUGGGUGCUUCAAAUACUGUGGUGAACAAAACACAUGAAUCCUGCCUGUCCCCAGUUCACACUGAGUCUGAGACUCUGAAUAUUAAGAAACAGUAGUAAAAUACUACCAGUUUUUUGAUGUGAAAAAUACAA